AUGCUGCGAUCUCACUUCGCCGUGUUCGUGAUCUUUGUCUGGUCGUGCUCGGCGGGCCCGAUUGCACGUUCCCUCGCACUUACUCUACAAGCAGCAUCUACGAACCUGGGGUUGACGGUUGAGCAAAUGGUGUCAGCAACCUCUCCAGCUCUCAGUGCGCCAACGGCUUUACGAAAGGAUGGCAUCGAUGACGAAGACGAUUUCGGCGGCUUGACCGUCAUUCCGGUAACGCCAUCAUGGUUAUUGACAUCGUCUGCCAUGGCGUCAACUGUGUCAAGCUCCUUGUUAUCUACGUCGUCGCUCCAGCAGCCAUUGCAGACCAGUUCUAUUGUUCCGGCCAGCGAUGGGCAGCCAAGCUCUACUGCUGCGUUCACAUCUGACUCGCAACCACUUUCCGCGACCUCAACUCCCAGCGCUCCGUUGUUGCCCUCUUCCUCGCUUGAUUCACUGGCAACUGAGGCUUUUUCACCCUCAACACUCGCGGUGACUUCCUCAGCUUCUUCCCUGGCAGUUACUCUGUCGUCGCCUUCAGCUAGCUCCCCCACUGGCACUCUCUCGUUGUUCUCCCAGCCACCACAGGCUAGUCCUGUGCUGUCGUCGGGCAGUGGUGAACCAAGCUCCAUUGCUGCUUCAACGACCGGCCUGCAGUUCUUGCUCUCGACCGCUUUUUCAAGCAUCAAUCUAGCCCUUCCUUCAACAUCAGACGCACCAAGGAUGUCAGCAUCAACCCCUUUGGUGACCUCUUCAAAUAUUCCCGUGUCAAAUGUGAUCCUAUCUUCUUCGAUUGGCAUGCGAACUGCUGCUUUCCCUUCAAGUUCAAUUUUACCUUCGACAACCCUAGCUGCGGGAUCAUCCAACUCGUUUUACGCUGGCAUCACCGUUUCGAUCUCGAAGGAGACUAAUCCAUCAAGCACUCUAUCAAUUUUCUUCACGGCUUCGACACGUGUGAGUUCUUCGCCCGUACCUGCAGCUACAAGCCGCCCAACCCACACUGUACCAGAAACCCCGGCUUUCGCAUCCACUCCGACGAGAUCUGCCUCAAUCAUUUCAACCUUUGCUUCUUUACAGACUACCAGUGCUCGUUCUAGUCUUUCAACGGCUUCGUCCGUCCCCAUUGUCAGUGACUCACGUCAACAUAUUCCCAUGUACGCGAACACUGGAGCUCCCCGCUCCACUCUUGGUGGCUCUGUGGCUACUCUUGGAUCAGGAGUGAUGGGCUCAAGCAUAGCGGAUGUGGUCAAUCCAUCAGUCACGAGCCAGUCGUCUUUUGUCGCUGAAACGACAUUGAAAUCAGUCCCUUCUGCCAGCUCAAUCUCAGCCUCGGCCAUUGAGACGACGCCAACGCCCUCAGCAUAUAGUAGUGUCACAGCCAUAGAAACAUCUGGCUCAAGUGAAAGUACAGCUCCGGCGCCUGUGUCAUUGUCAUUGCCAGAUACCACCAGUUUCAUGCCCAGCGAAAGUCAAACUCAAACCUCUUCCCCCACCACUGUGCAGUCAAGUCGUCUCGCCACCUCAACGGCUUCUACGGUUGAAACAGAGCCAUCGAGAUUGCCCACCGAGCCGGCUACCACAAUCCCCUUCUCGGGACCUGUAGUCACAAGACCAGUCAUCGUUUACGUCUCGGAAAGUGCAACAGCCGCUUUCUCCACGUCUACGCUUGAACCUAUCAGCUCAGCUGAAUCAGCCAUUGAGACGACAUCCUCACUACAUCCGCUCACACAGCCCACCGUUGAGGUGCCCAGCCCAACUGAGCCCCAAGUUAUCCAAACACAUACCAUCCAUGCAACCGAUACGCAAAGUGUGACGGUAACUCAGCCAGGUCAAACCGUGACCGUAACCGCGGCAAGCACUACGAUCGACACACCCGCCAAACCUACGUCUGGUCCAGUCAUCCAGCCGCUCACCACGACCGCCGAAGCUAACGCCGCUCACGCCGCUCCUGAUUCCCAACCGACAACCUCAGUGGUGACCACAAAUGCUCCUGAUUCCCAACCGUCAAACCCGGUGGUGACCACAAAUGCUCCUGAUCCUCAACCGACAAACCCAGUGGUGACUACAAAUGCUCCUGAUUCUCAACCGACAAACCCAGUGGUGACCACAAGUGCUCCUGCUAAUGCCGCCGAGGCCCCGGACGUAUUGACUGUUAUUCCGCUAACACCAUCUUCCGGUAUCUUGUUUGUCACCAGACACGAGACCGUGACAUCAUGGAAGGAAACGAAAACCGAGACUGUGACCUCGUGGAAAGCGACAAGCACCGAGACUGUCACGGUGACUACAACGGCUAUUCGCGUUCAGGUCAUCUCUUAA